AUGGGCCCUACGAUUGAAGGGAGCGAUGAUGAACCACGAGACGACGAGCUGGACUUGCUGGAGACCGGCGCGGAUAUUGAUGCCGACGCUGAUGCCGACGCUGAUAUAGACGAGGAGGAUGAAGAGGGACUCGUUAAUGCGGGUGACAAUGGUGGUGUCGGCGACCUCGAAGACCAGGCGGGCAACGAGGAAUAUCCUGAGGACCAAAUGCUAGAUGACGACCAUGUUUCUCUCUCUAGUAGUCGGGACCCGUCUGCGGUGGGAUUAUCAGGGUCAAUAUCUGAUCAUAACGGAGCAAGCUCUCCGCAGCGGUCUCAUGGUCGAACGCACGAUAGCAUUGAUGAUUUGGGAUCUAUACCGGAUGAUUCUCCCUCGGUCCAGGGCUCCCUUCUCUCCUCUCCUGGCAGCAGCGCAUUUGCCCAUCGCGGAUCAACUUCGAACCUCAGUCCAACCCCCCAUCGGCCGUUCGAUCGCCGAUUCCAAUCUCGUCUCUCAGUCUCGUCAAUCCCUCCCAGCGCAAGACCGGUGUCCCCGGCCCUAAGUCUUGCACAUUCUCGAAAUUCGUCUCUUGCUAGCCAUCUUCGAUUUGACACCAGUACGCCGGAUUUACCUGAGGAAUCCGAACCAGCGCCGUGGGAGGUAGUUCGAUGGACAAAGCUUAAGAGGAUAGCUGGCCAGGUGUUUUCGGAAGUCGGAAAGCGGAACUUUGGCCGUCCAACGUGUACGGCUGUGUCUACGUCAAUUGUGCUAGGAACGACCAAGGGAGUUAUCCUUGUCUUUGAUUAUCAGCAGAACCUCAAGGCUAUCAUUGGGCCUGGCACAAAAGCUGUUUCAUCGGGUCCUGUUACUUCGCUGGCUAUAUCUGCAGACCACUCAACUUUAGCGGGUGGUCAUGCUGAUGGAACGAUCUUUACUUGGGAAAUUGCGCGACCAGCGCGGCCGUUCCUUCAUAUCCUACCUAUACCCAAAGACCACCUUGACUCCCGCCGGACUGAUGGUCAUGUUGCAGGUGUAUCUAUCAUUCAUAUCGGGUUUCUAGGGAUUAGGCAUACCGCUCUUGUCUCAGCUGAUGACAGUGGCAUGGCAUUUUCACACCUUGCGACUAGAGGGAUGGGAGCCGUCGGACGAGUUGUGAGAACUACCCGUAUACUAGGUCGCUAUCCUGAUUAUGCCCCGACUGCUCCGCCUCGAAAACCCAGCUCAGUGCUUGCCUUUUCUCCGCUCCCUUUGGGCAACGUUGAGCAGCCAACCGACCCGCUGGGUUUAGUUGCAAUGCUCACGCCAUAUCUGUUGGUGAUCGUUUCCACCACUCCCGUUGCUCGAACUCAAUAUAAAUCAGGGCGGCCCAAAGAACUCGCUGCUCAUAGUGCACUGACAGCAACACUGGCAUGGUUCCCAGCUAUAAAGCUAAAAGGGAAAAAUUCCGAAACAUCCAAGACAAAACUUGUAUACUGCUGGUCAAAUGUCCUCACAAUUCUAGACGUUAACGACAUCAGGCGAGUGGAUGCUGACGAUAAGGAGAGACCUAUCAGUCUCCAGUUCAAGCCACGGUGCCGGUGGCGGGCAGACGAGGCUAUUGUUGCCGUGCAGUGGAUAAGCCGUUCCGUUCUUGCUGUAAUGACAAUUACUCAACAGCUUCUUAUCCUAGAGGAUAACUCUCUACGAGUGACUGAUUCAUCCGACUUAAUACAUAAACAUAUUUAUCACGCUGACCUUUUCUCGAGGCAACUUCACUCACUUGUUGAACAACUGGACGACGAUGACGAUGACAGCGAACCGGACCAGUCGAUGCAUGGUGUCAUUGCUGAUGCAUUCUACAUGAGCUUCCGCGCGUAUAAGGGGCGCCUAUUUCUACUGGGAUUCAACGAUAUUUGCGUGGGUAGCUUAUCGAACUGGGCUGACCGACUACUUGCCUUAGUCGAAAGUGGUGAUUUCAUUGGAGCCAUUCGCCUUGCUACAUCAUUCUAUAUUGGUCAUUCUGAGAAAUUAACGGUCGGGCUUCCAGAGGAAGACGAUCUAAGGCACCAGGUCGUGCAGGAAAAGCUACUUGAGAUGAUGUCAGCUUCCCUCAGAUUUGCGUUUGGAAAAAAUGCGGAGUCGGGUAUUGAGCGGCUUCAAAAGUCACAACUAAGCGAACUGGCGGAUGCAUGUAUAUUCGCCUGCGAUGCCAUGGAUAAUCAUGAGUUCUUGUUCGAAGAUGUAUAUUCCUGGUAUGAGGAAUAUGAAGCUGAUGGCAUUUUCAUGGACGCUCUGGAGCCAUAUAUUGUGAAGGGCAGUGUGCGGGCUCUCCCACCAACGGCCGUCAAGUCCUUAAUAACUCACUUCGUAACGACCCAUACUGCGAGCCGACUUGAAGAAAUCAUCUGCCUCCUCGAAACGGAUACGAUGGACAUAGACCAAGUGACCACUCUAUGUAAAAAGCACAAUCUUUAUGAUGCUUUCAUCUACGUCUGGAACCGUGCUUUACACGACUAUAUCAGCCCCCUCCAGGAACUGCUCAACCUGGUUACCAAGCAUGGAACACAGGCUGAUAGCGCUGAUAAAGACUCAGACCUCAUCGCGAAAGACCAUGCCAACGCAAUGAAGAUGUUUCCAUACCUCUCCUAUAUUCUUACCUCUCGCAUAUACCCAACAGGAGAUGAACUCGAAGAACACGAAGCUUUACCCGCGAAAAGUGAGCUCUACAAACUGUUGUUUUCAGGGAAGGCCAAUGGCGGUAAUAGUCGAUCAAAUGGCUCAACCCCAUUCCGGAGCCUCCAGACGAUGUUAGAGUUCGACACACCCAGCUUUAUGAGUAUGUUGAACGAGGCUUUCGAGGAUAGUUUCUUAAACGAUCCAGUCGACCAAUGGAGCAAUGGAGAACAAGCCAAAUCUGCCGAUGGUUCUUCAAUGAAUCGCCAGUAUCUAUUACGAAUUCUUCUUGAAGUUAUGGAUUCCAACUCGUCCAAUUUCAGUCCUACUGAUACCAUCUACCUUGACAUGUUCAUCGCACGAAAUCUCCCAAAAUAUCCCCAAUACAUUCUUCUUUCGGGCUCUACUCUACAGCAAGUCCUCGUCAGACUUUGCCAGUACCCGAGUGCUGAGAUGCUGGAUGAUUGCCAACUCUCUGCUGAAUACCUAUUAUCCACCUAUCAUCCUCCAGAUAUACAAGCUUUGAUCCCUCUUCUUGAGGAGGCGAAAUUUUUCCGGAUACUAAAGUCAACAUACAGAGCAGAAAAAAGGUACUCAGAUUUGUUACGAACGUACCUAGCAGAUCCAGAAGAUCAACAACAGAUCUUUGCCUGUAUUCGUGACUAUCUGCGGCCGACCUCACCCCUCAGCAAGAAACAGCGCCGUGCAUUCAUAAGCACGAUGGAGGAGAACGCAAAAGAGUUGGCUUCUAUAGAUAUUUCCGAGACAGCGCGUACUGUGCAGUCACUGGCUCCCGACCUACACAAUAAAUUUCUCCAGGCACUAGAAUCUGAUCUCGGAAGUCAGUAUGAAUACCUCCACACCAUCCUUGAAGAUGAGCGAAAAGCAGGGACGGAUGCAAUAUCCACAAAUAACACUGGCCACGAGCUUAUUGAACGGUAUCUCCAGUUGAUGUGUCAAUAUAACCCAUCACACGUUGCUGAUUUUAUUAACCUUAUAAAAGUGGGCGACCUCCAUCUGGAAACUGUGCUACCUUGUAUUGAGAGUAGCGGGAUCGUGGAUGCCGCGGUAAUCCUCCUCGCGAAACAAGGAGAAGUCACCAGUGCCAUGGAGAGGUUAACCAAACACCUUGCGACAUUGGACGCUGGGCUCUCCGGCCUUUUACAGAACGCAGACGAGACUCCUGAUUCGGCUAAUGCUGCCGAAGCAGUGACUGACCUGAUCCUCUCGGUAGAGAAAUACACUCGGGUUGGAACUUGGCUGUGCAAAGAACAGAGUAAAGUUGCAAGAAGAGUUCAUCAGGGGGGCAAAUUUAACAAACGAGGCAGCUCUGUUUUUGAGCAGCCUUUGACAUACGAUGAGAACUUGUGGCUUGUCGUUAUCGAGGCUGUCGUGAAAAUUGCUCAGCAUAUCUCACCAUUAUUGAAGCAGGGCCUUCUUGAAGAUAAUAACAAAGAGUCAAGGGAGGCAUGGCAAGUGGAAGCUGACGAGGAUAACGAGGACGUUAAUCGGCCUGGCCAUUUAUCAGCCUCCUUCAAAUCCCUAGUUCAACAAGUUUUCACCUCAUUGCUAACCAGCACUACAAAGGCCAAGCAUGCACCGCAUGAGAAAACAGAUGUUUCAUUCCUCCGGAUUCUUCGCGCAUUCCUCACUCGCGCCGCCGCGGCGUCGCCGUCACUAUCUGAGCUUCGAACGGUGAUUGGUUCUAUAUUCUCUGCAUACACGUAUGAAGAAUCUCUCUUAUCCCUUGCCAACACAAUGCUUGACAAAGACCUAUUCGUACAUGUGGAUGAAAUCACCAAGCUCCGACAAAAGGGUUGGCGGCCACGCGGACAGGUCUGCGAAGUAUGCCGACGGCGUGCCUGGGGUCCUGGUACCGGAGCGCACAUAUGGGAAGCAUGGGAGAAUAAAUGGGACCAACGGCGAAGGCGAAGGCAGAGUCAGCAUUUUGAUAGAGACGGAGAUGGAAAUGAGGAUAGAGACGCCAGCAACACUACCUCAAGAAAUAAAGGUAAAGGCGUCGCUGUACCUCCGCCACCCACCACAAGCCUUACUUCGCAUGCACCUCCAUUACAGUCACAGUCGGAGGCAGAGGCAGCGAACUCGGCUGUUUUAGACAGUGCCACUGGCAAUGAUGAUACAAAUUCCAACGGAGAAGGGCCCUCUCGCGCAAUCAGCGAAUCAUCGAAGAAUACACCUGGCUUUACUACAACCCCAUCCACAGAUUAUGGGCCUAUCGUCGUAUUCGGCUGCAGGCAUCUAUAUCACCAGUCCUGUCUUACUGAAGCUGUGGCGCAGAAAAACAUUGGUGACAACACUUCUUCUCCUGCAUCUCCCGAGUCGAAGUUCCAUCCAUCACAUCAUGCUUACGACCGAGCUGGGCCUCGACAAUUUUCCUGUUUGUUGUGUAUAUAA